AUGGCUGAGGACAUCGAAGAGAUUCUUGCCGAGAUCGAUGGCUCCCAGAUUGAGGAGUACCAGAAAUUCUUCGAUUUGUUCGAUCGCGGAAAGCAGGGCUACAUCAUGGCCACCCAAUUGGGGCAAAUCAUGAACGGCAUGGAGCAGGAUUUCGAUGAAAAGACCCUCCGAAAGCUCAUCCGCAAAUUCGAUGCCGAUGGCUCGGGCAAAUUGGAGUUCGACGAGUUCUGCGCCUUGGUGUACACUGUGGCCAACACGGUCGACAAAGAAACCCUCGAGAAGGAGCUGAGGGAAGCCUUCCGUCUUUUCGACAAAGAGGGUAAUGGUUACAUCUCUCGACCCACAUUGAAGGCUUUGUUGAAGGAGAUCGCCGAUGAUCUCUCCGACGAUCAACUCGAAGCUGCCGUCGAUGAGAUCGAUGAGGACGGGUCCGGGAAAAUCGAGUUUGAGGAGUUCUGGGAAAAACGUGUAAAUAUUUGGAAAAUUAAAGAUUUCUAUAAAAUUCCGAACUUUCAACACGUCGAAAGAUCCGCCAAUCCGUUAAAAAAAUCUCUUUUUCUUGAAAACUUCAAC